AUGGAUAAACCUAAAUUUCCGGGACCUGGUACCUGGUGGCAAAGUGCAAUAUCCUGCGUUUCCGAACCCGAAGUACUGCCAUUGCGUAUAUCGCCAAGCUUCGGCAGACUGUUCCGACACCCUGGUUGGAUCGUGAAGCCUUUUUCUACCCACUCCGUCUUGCCUCCCACCUCAACGGUAAUGAUCUUCAGGGCUGCGCUCCGGGUUGCCCCUCUGGCCGAAGGCUUGUCGUGGACCUUUAAGUUGAAGGCAGUUCCCCCGGUCGUGCUGGAUGCUGGAUAG